AUGUCAAAUCUUUGUCGUCUUGUACCUCGUACAACAACCAAUGUGUUGUAUGUAUCACGUAUGAAUGCACAUAAUUUACUACCAGGUUCAUCAGUUAAAAUACCUGAAGCUAAAAAUGGACAACCAAUGGUUUCAGGUGCUGAUCAAUUUAUUGCUACGAAUGGACCAUCUAUUACGGCAAAAACUGGUAUUGGUGGUGGUGGUAGUAGUGCAAGUAUGUUACCAAGUUCUGAAACAGCUCAUGAUAAGACAAAUCCAAAUAAGACAACAGGUGAUGCUAAAGCAGCUGAAUCGCAAGGUGGUCCAGAUAAAGCACAUGAAUCAAUUUUAAAAAGUCCUCUGGGUCAAUUUGGUUUAGUAGCUCUUACUGCUAUAUCAGUUUAUGCGGGUUAUAAAAUGUUAUUUGGUAAUUCACCAAAUCAAAAAGCAAAUUUUGAAGAUAUACAAGCACGUAUAACAAGACCAGAUCUUCAACCUGAAUCUGCUGUUCAUGCUAAAAUAGCUCAAGAUGAAAAUCCGCAUAAACCUCAUGAAGGUGUUAAAAAAUCAAAUAAAUAA